UCCAAAAUUAAAAAGUAAAAAAAGUCACGUGAAAAACACGUGAAUAAGAAGUUAACCAUAUAAAUAUUCCAACCUAAGCCAAAUAGCCAAUAAAAGAAGACUAUCAUUCCUUUUUGCGUUUUUCUCUCUCCUCCGGUCUCCCAUCAGUCUCAGUCAAUCGCACUAUUCACAUCUCCGCCGCAAGCGCCGCCGCGAUGCCGCCGGCGCAACCUCGCAAUCGCGCCUCCUGCGCUGCAGCUCCAUCCUCUUCUUCAUCCUCCGUCAAGGCGCCGUUAAAUUCGGACUCGUUUCUGAAUGAAUUGACGGCAAUGUAUGAAAGAAAUACUGAGAAGGGUUCUGUUUGGGUUACUCUUAAGCGCUCAUCUAUGAAGUCGAAGGUGCAGAGGAAUAAGAUGAAUACUGCCGGAGAAGCCAUUGAUUACCGAUGCCUAAUUCGCGCUACCGAUGGCAAGAAAACAAUUUCCACCACAGUGGGUCCUAAGGAACACCAACGUUUUCAAGCUUCAUAUGCAACCAUCUUGAAAGCUCAUAUGACUUCUCUAAAGAAACGGGAAAGGAAGGACAAACGAAAGGCUGCUGAUUCAGAUAAGAAAGCAGGAAGUUCAAAGAAGGUGUCUUCUUCUAAGUGAUUUUUUCGCUCUUUUGGACAUGACCGGGUUUUUCUUCCCCUAAUAUACAGCUCGGAAUUUUUUGAGAAUGAGAGGGUUGUUUUCAGAAAUUUGCUCCACCCCUUGAAUUUAUGUAUACCUAAAUUUGGUGAGCCUACGCGAGAUUGUUUUAAAUGACAUGGGGUAAAAGUCCAAAAUCUUUUUGAUUCAUGUUACAGGGUUUCAAUCUAGGUUUAAAUUAUCAUUCGUUAUUUUGAUAAUAUCUUUUAAUGGCUAAAUUUAAUGAUUACCUUAUCAA